UUCACAAUCUGAAGCAGGUAGUGUCAUCUAUCCUAAACUAUCUGAAGCUGUCGGGUUCUAUGCAAAUGGAAUAUUUAUUUUAUGUUGUCAAAUAUAACCUCAACAUAUCGUUAUAAAUAUUUAUUUUAUGUAUUUUUUCCACGAUGAAAGUGCUCGAAUUUUUUAGUGGUAUAGGUGGAAUGCAUUUCGCACUUAAAGGAUGUGAAUUCAAUAGUGACGUCAUUUUAGCAGCAGAUAUAAACCCUGUGGCUAAUGAAAUAUACAAACAUAACUUUCCCAAUGUCAAGCUCUUGAAUCGUAACAUACAAUCUUUAACACCAGAUUUUCUGCGUAAACUUGGUGCCGAUACAAUACUAAUGUCUCCACCAUGUCAGCCAUUUACAAGAAAUGGACUGAAAGGUGAUAUGAACGAUCCUCGAACACAGGCUUUGAUUCAUAUUAUUAACAUCUUACCUCAUUUGAACAUCUCUAGAAUUCUCAUUGAAAAUGUGAAAGGUUUUGAAACUUCUCAUAUGAGAGAUUUAGUGAUUCAAAGUCUUGAUAAUUGUGGGUUCAGCUAUCAAGAAUUUCUAUUGAGUCCGCCACAAAUUGGGAUACCUAACUCAAGGCUUCGAUAUUAUUGCUUGGCCAAAAAAACACCAUUCCAUUUCCAAACUGGACCAUUAAUGCACGACUUACCAAAUCAAAUAAGCAGUUCUCUAAAAUUUCAAAUAAAAGAUAUUUUGGAGGCUGGAGAACACAACAAGUAUUAUCUUCCUAUGAAUAUUUUAAAAAAAUAUUGGAAAGUUUUAGAUAUAUGUUAUAAAGAUUCGCUAAGAUCUUGUUGUUUCACUAAAGCUUAUGGUAGGUAUACUGAAGGAACAGGUAGUGUAUUUAGCCAGAUUUCCAGGAAAGAAAGUGAAAAAAUUCUUAAAGAAUUACGUGAACCAAAUAUUGAGGAGAUAACACAGGAAGAACUGUUAGCAUCAUUAAAAAUAAGGUAUUUCACUCCUUUAGAAGUCGGUAGGUUACAAUGUUUUCCUACAAGUUUUAAAUUCCCUGAAAAAAUUACAGAUAGACAAAAAUAUAUGGUACUAGGAAAUAGUAUUAAUGUUGAAGUAGUUUCUAAUUUAAUAAAACUAUUGCUUUGACAUUCAAAAUCUUUAUUUUUAUUCCUGGUUUUAUCUGAACUAUUUUUAUUUACAAUUAUGGUAUAAUAUAGAAAUUAUUAUAUUGCCAUUUUUUCAUGAUUAAUUGGAUAUGGACAUUUUUCUGUACGCGUUUUAAGUUCAAAUAUUUCUACCUUCCAUUAGAAAUAAAUGGAUUGUUAAACAAUAAUCCAUUGUCCAAUCUAUAUGCACUUGAAAUUAUAUAAAAUUUUCUAGAUUUCAAGGUUAUUCUUUGUGAUUAUAUUUAUACCCUCAAAGCAAUAAAAUACAUAGAUACCCAGCCUACAUUAGAGUACAAAAUGUUGUGAAGUAAAAUAUGAGCCAUCUUUCUUGUUAGUGAGUA